AUGCUCCUCCCAACCCUCCUCCUCCUCUCCCCCACCACAUCAACCCCCCUCCGUUUCUGGGUGGGAAGGAGUUGGCGGGUGAAGGGGGACGAAUUUGGGGUUGAGGGAUCAGAGGUUGGGGUUGCAGUGGGUUGCGGAGAAUACUGCGGCUUUUGGAGAGCGGCGAUUACGAAUAGUGGAAGUGUGAUUCCAGCUGAAGAUGUGUCGACUGCGAAAGCUCAAGCGAUCUACGACAAAGUGGUGGCAAGCAGCAGCUGUGCCGGAAGUUCGGACUCUCUGACUUGUCUUCGAGGCCUGUCGUAUGCGGAUUUCUUGCGAGCAGUGUCUUCAGUUCCAGGCAUCUUCUCAUAUCGAUCAUUAGAUCUUUCGUAUUUGCCUCGCCCGGAUCCAGGUGGCAACUUCUUCUCUCAAUCGCCCGAAGUUUCCAUCGCCAACGGUGCGUACGCCAAGGCUCCAGUCAUUAUCGGUGACCAGGAAGAUUGA